GGUGGAGACGUUGAAAUAUAUUACUGGAAACACGCCAGUCGACGAUUACUUAGCACAACUCAUACGCAAAAAUAUAUAACAAAAGAUAAAAAUCCGAAUAAAUUGUUGCCUCCACAGUGGAAUCAAAAAAUCGCGCUUUGGAACUAAGUGCAAUAAAAACUUGUUUAUUGGUAACCAGUACAGAUAAUAGGCCGCCAAAAUUGGUUACUUAACGAAAACUUCGUUUGUGAUAACGGAAGGCAACAGAGACGAGGACAUGGGAUUUAGUUCGCGCAUGGACUGCUGUGGGCAGUUUGUUAAAUACAGUCUGUUCAUAGCGAACUUUGUGAUGUUCGUGGGCGGAGCAAUUGUCUUCAGUCUGACCCUCUGGACUCUGGUUGAUCGCAGCUUUGUUAAUGAAUUACUGGGUACCAAUCUUUUCUCUGGCGCUGUCUACGUUCUGUUGGUCACAUCUGUCAUUAUAUGUUUGGUCUCGUUCCUUGGCUGUGUUGGCGCUGGGAAGGAGGUCAAGUGCUUGCUCUUAACGUAUUUCAUCAUCGUUGCUUUGGUUUUCGUGACCAUGCUAAUUGGUGGCGUUUUGGGUUACGUAUUUCGUGAGCGAGUGCAGCAAACAAUGCGCCAGGAAAUGCGAUCGACAAUGGCGUUGUAUGGCAGUCGACGUGAGAUUACACAGGCUUGGGAUUUAACCCAGGAGCGCUUGCAGUGCUGCGGCGUAGAUACCUGGCACGACUGGAAUCGAUAUGGACCCGUGCCGGAGUCAUGCUGUCAGGAACUUUUUGGCGGACAACGCAAGGAAUGCACUAUCUUUCCGACUAUCACGAAUCUUUAUAAUCAAGGUUGCCUAUAUGUGGCGACAAACUUUAUAAGAGAUCAUGCGGCAGUAAUUGGAGGCACAUCCAUAGCGGUGGCUAUACUCAUGAUAUUUGGCAUGAUUUUCUCUUGUCUGUUAUUUAACAUGAUUGAAUAGCCUAACUUUAGAAAGGAUGGCAAGGGCAACCCCAUUCAUAAAUGUAUUGCAUAAUGUAAACUUAAAGUAUUAUCCAAGUGUAUGCUAUAUAAGACCUGUUACGCAAAAGUCGUUGCUUUUGUACUAUGUUUAUCUGAUAUUCCGAAUUAAGUGUAUACUAUCUUAAUGUAUGCUAAGUGGCUUGUCAAUUUUUUGUGCCUGUUAUCUGUUACAUAAUAUUGUACCAACAUUGUUAUAUUUUGUUAUGAUUUAAGUCCCAAAAAUAUAAACGACAAAAAGUGA